CGGAAACACAUGGAUGAUGGAUCAACCAAGACAUAUAAGCUUGUAGGUUUUGAAGAGGGUUUAAGGCGGCUCCUUUCGCCAUUGGCAUCCUCUUUCCUCUGUUUCCAAGAUUUCUCAUUUUUACACUGAAUCUCCCCCAUUUAUCAGUGUCUUUGUAUUCUCUCUAGCUCCAUCUCAUAGCAUCUCUCUUGAAAUUUAGUUUCCUACUAACACUUGUUGCUGCUUCUCUUUUCUGUUCAAUUUAUAGUCCAAUUGAGAACAUGUGGAGAAGCUUUGCCAAACGAGCUUCUUCCUCAAAAAAGCUCAAGUUUUCUUCAAAUGAUACAGAAUUAUAUCAAGGUUCAUGUUUAAUCGAAAACAUCAGGUGUCCAGAGGCCCAACCUUGCCUAAUAAGCUCAAGUUCUUCUUACUCUUUUCUGGGUUUUCGCAGAAUCGGUAUAUUAUCAUCUCAGAAUGAUGGAUUGAGAAAACUCAGUUUCACUAUUUUAACAAACUCUUUUAGUGUUUCUGCUAUCUCCAAAAGGUAUGGAACUGCAGCUGCACAGGCGGUUGUUUCGACAGAUGAAUCAGACUUCUCUGGUUCCGAUGAACUCCCAGAUCAUAUAGAGGAGAUCAACAAUCACCACCAGAAAAUGGAGGCACAAUUUAGGCCCCAGCAAAAGAAAACAAUAGCAGGUAUGGGUAUAGGAAAGUAUAAUAUACUUAAAAGGAGGCAAAUAAAGAUGGAGACAGAGGCCUGGGAGGAGGCAGCUAAAGAGUAUCAGGAAUUGUUAGUGGACAUGUGUGAGCAGAAGCUGGCACCCAAUUUGCCAUAUGUAAAAUCUUUGUUUCUCGGUUGGUUUGAGCCUUUGAGGGAUGCAAUUGCCGCAGAGCAGGAAUUGUGUAAGCAGAAGAGCGGUAAGUUUUCUCAUGGGCCGUAUUUUGAAGCAUUGCCAGCGGAUAUGAUGGCGGUUAUUACUAUGCAUAAGAUGAUGGGAUUGUUAUUGACUAGUAAUGGAGGGAAUGGUAGCGUUAGGGUGGUUCAAGCUGCCUGUGCAGUAGGUGAAGCAAUUGAGCAUGAGGCUAGGAUACACAGAUUCUUGGAUAAAACAAAGAAAAAGAAGAAUACCACCAAAGAUAAGGUACCUGAUGGUGAAUCAGAUCCUGUGAUCACUGAAGAGGAGAAACAGGCUAAAAAACAGGAGCAACUGAGGAAAAAAGUCACUAAACUGAUGAAAAAGCAAAAGGCUCAGCAAGUAAGGGGAUUAGUGAAGCACCACGAUGAUUCAAUGCCCUGGGGUCAAGAAGCACAUGUUAAGGUUGGCUGCCGCUUGAUUCAAUUGUUAAUUGAAACAGCCUACAUACAACCUCCAAUGGAUCAAUUGGGAGAUGGUCUACCUGAUAUUCGCCCUGCAUUUAUGCAUACACUUAAAACUGUCAUGAAAGAUUCACAGAAAACUAGCAGGAGAUACGGUGUAAUUGAGUGUGAUCCGCUUGUUCGUAGAGGGCUUGAGAAAUCUGCUAGGCACAUGGUCAUUCCUUACAUGCCAAUGUUGGUGCCUCCUUUAAACUGGACAGGGUAUGACCAGGGCGCAUAUUUAUUUUUGCCAUCCUAUUUUAUGCGAACCCAUGGAGCAAAACAGCAACGUGAAACAGUUAAAAGGACUCCAAAUAAACAACUAGAGCCUGUUUUUGAGGCCCUGGAUACACUAGGACAUACCAAAUGGAGAGUAAAUAAGAAGGUGCUUGCAGUAGUUGAUAGAAUAUGGGCUAAUGGAGGUGCUCUUGCUGGUUUAGUUGAGCGUGAAGAUGUCCCUCUGCCUGAGGAACCAGAUACAGAGGAUGAAGCUGAGAUUCGAAAACGGAAAUGGAAAGUAAAAAACAUUAAAAAGGAGAAUAGUGAGAGACACUCACAGCGUUGUGAUAUAGAACUUAAACUUGCUGUUGCUCGGAAGAUGAAGGAUGAGGAGGGCUUUUACUACCCUCAUAACCUUGAUUUUCGUGGCCGUGCUUACCCCAUGCAUCCACAUUUGAAUCAUCUUGGCUCUGAUCUUUGUCGGGGCAUUCUGGAAUUUGCUGAGGGGCGACCUCUUGGGAAGUCAGGCUUACGCUGGCUGAAGAUACAUUUGGCAAAUGUAUAUGCUGGUGGUGUAGACAAGUUAUCCCAUGCAGGGAGAAUAGCAUUUACUGAGAAUCAUCUGGAUGAUAUUUUUGAUUCUGCGGACCGACCUCUUGAAGGAAAGCGCUGGUGGUUGGGUGCAGAGGAUCCUUUUCAAUGCUUGGCAACAUGUAUUAAUCUCUCAGAAGCAUUAAGAAGCUCCUCUCCGGAGACCACUAUUUCACAUAUGCCAGUCCAUCAGGAUGGUUCCUGUAAUGGUUUGCAACACUAUGCUGCCCUUGGAAGAGACAAGUUGGGAGCAGCUGCAGUUAAUCUUGUUGGGGGAGAGAAACCUGCAGAUGUAUACUCAGGAAUCGCUGCCAGGGUGCUGGAUAUAAUGAGGAGCGAUGCUGAAAAAGAUCCAGCAACUAAUCCAAAUGCAUUGCAUGCUAAGCUUUUAAUCAAUCAGGUGGACAGGAAACUGGUGAAGCAGACUGUGAUGACAUCAGUGUAUGGUGUCACCUAUAUUGGUGCUCGUGACCAAAUUAAAAGGAGGCUAAGAGAACGUGGCGGCAUUGCAGAUGAUUCAGCUUUGUAUGCUGCAUCUUGCUAUGCAGCAAAAACAACCUUGAUGGCUUUGGAAGAAAUGUUUGAAGGUGCUAGAAGCAUCAUGGCCUGGCUCGGUGAAUGUGCAAAGGUGUGUUCCAUUUUCUAUUCCUGUAUAUUUACUUAGACAAAUGGACAUCUUGUUGGACAGAAGUUCUUUCAGUCCUAUCAUUUUAUGAGUUCCAUGGAGGGGACGACAAUUAAAAUCUAUGUGGUUCUUUGAUAUUUUCUUUCUUAAUCCUACUUAAGGAUUUGACAAUGAUAAUUUCUUUCUUAUGAUCAUAUGAUGUCAUUUUCGGAUACUUUGAUUAAAUAAUAUUUUUUUUGGCUUUUUUGGUUCUCUAUUGUUUUGUCAACCAGCUUUGGGGACAACAUCAGGUUCUGAUCAUAGUUUGUAUGGGUUGAGUUUGCAUAUAUUGAUGUGUUGAGUCCCAUUUCAUGGAAUCCCAAUUUGUUUAUUGAUGCUCCGCCACCUCCCACUAGAAAAAACCUCUUCCUCUCUUUUUAUUAGGUUCAGUAAUGGGUAUGGUGUUCUUUAGUUGUUUCAGUUAUGAGUUUCUCUUGUACCUUUGAGUUUGUCAAGGGACUAUUUUAACUUUUUCAGGAUCUUGUUAACUUGAUAGGUUUGAUCAUGUUCGAUGUUUAGCAGCUAAUGCUAUAGUAUGGACGUGUGUAGGGGAAGGAGAAGAGAGAAGAGGAAGGGGAGGGCUAAAAAUGUCGUGGAGGGAGAUUUAUAAAUUUUGGAUAUUGAUUCAGAUUUGGUAUCUAACAAAGCUGAAUAGCAAAAAAGGAUCCAUAUAGUCAAUCUCAAACUAUUUUGGGAUUAAGACUUUGUUGUUGUUAACCUGAUUUGGGGUUCUCAUCAUGCUGGUGGUUGUGUAACAGCUGUAGAUUAGUCAUAAUGUGGUUCAUGAGUGUAAGCAUAUUUAAUUUAGCUACUCCACUUAACUAAACCAUGCUCCGCAAAUUUUUUUCCCCUUUCCACCCUACUUAUAUCAUAAUUUCAAGUCGUCAUUUGUAGUCUACCUCUUAUUUGGGGGUUGUCUGGUAUUCAAUAUCAUCGUACUUGCUAAUCUGGGAUCAUUACAGUGCCGUAUUUGGUGCCUCUAUAACUGUAUAAAUGUACUCUAGGGAUUUUGUCACAUAGUGUAAUUGUUGCAUUACUGCUUUCGGGCUUUGGCUCCAAUUGUAAAGGUGCGAUAUGGAUCAUUGAUUGGGAGAUAUCCUAGUUUCUGUUCUUAUGAAUUGUUAGUUAAAAUAAAAAAUGGAGAGAGAGAGUUUCUAUCACAUUUUUAUGUUGCUUCUCUCAUCAUAUUUCAGGUGCAUCUUUAGCACUUUAAUUCUUAAAAUUUGAAUAUAUAUUUUAUUACUUUCCCCGUGGGUUUUUUUUUGAGAACUGUUCUGCAGUG